AUGCAAGACAACCUUCUCAGCGAUUCAACCAAGGACCCCCAUCCACACCCAUCUGGAGAUUGUGAUAUUUCGGAUAGCGCAUGUUGUGACAGACGAGGAAAUUGUGACGGAGGAAGACAUACGUGUCCGGAUGGAUUUGGGAAUGGUCCCAGAAAAGGAAUGAGUUAUAACUCCAGUGAUGAGGAGGAUUUGAACAAGAGAAGAGAGUCGGAUAUUCCAAACCUAACAAUCAUGAACCGAAUGAACAAUAUGGAGGAAAACUUUAACGAUUCCCACCAUAAACCUCAAAUGGACCCUCUUGAAGAUGCAAAUCAUACCGAGAAGCUCGAUAAGCAAUCCGGUAAAAUCGCUAAUGCAUUCAAUGAUAUGAAAGACGAUGUGGCUGGAGGAAAAGAGCCAAGUAUUGAGGGAAUGUGUGCCAGAAAUGAUAGAAAUCCAGAUAAGGAAGAUGAGAAGAAGAGAAGAGAGUCGGAUGUGAGGAAUAAGGAGAUAUGA